AUGUCUAAUCUGAUUCCAAACGAUGUGGAGCAGAUGCACUCAGUCAAAAUCGACUAUGUGUCCACCCGCGUUGAGAAAGAGGACCUAGAGAAGCUGUUUGGCAAGUAUGGUCGGGUCGGAGAUGUGUAUUUGCCGAGCCAUCCCAAUGGCGACCGCAAGGGUUUCGCCUUCGUGCGAUUCUACAACAAGCAGGAUGCAGAGGAUGCCGUGAAGGAGAUGGAAGGCUAUGAGCUCGAGGGGAAGACGCUCAAAUGCAUGCUUGCGACUGUGCAGAAGGGUCGAUUCAACCCCAACGUGCGAAAGGGUUCUGGACGCUCGAGGUCAAGGUCCCGUUCUCGGCGGGGCCGCCGCGACUCGAGAUCGAGACGACGGGAUGCAGCUUGGACUGACAGGGUGUAUGUAAACACGCUUAUCAAGGAAGGAACACAAGCGUGGCUUUUGGACUCUGAUCGCUGGUACCGGUUACGUGCCAUCUGGCACUCUUCAGCCAACACAUCUGCAGAAAGCAGCUGCAAAUCAGAGUUGGCCUGGCCAUGUUGCCGCUUCUACUAG